ACAACAGGGCUGUGGUUGCAGGAUCUUCGUUACGUCAUCAAUCUACGCCAGGCAGCAUGGCGAAGGCCGCAGCGGGCAGUGGCCUUCUGCUGAUCCGUGAGCAGUACCUGCUCGGCGCCCUCAGGGAAGGUGCAAAAGGGAGAUGGGGCUUGCAAUUCCUACGCUCCCCUUACAGAUUUUGUAGUACAGGAAUAAUUUUGGAUGACAUCAACAAGCCGGUUAUUGACCGAAUAAUCAGAGUGGAUCACGCAGGCGAAUAUGGAGCAAAUCGCAUUUACGCAGGUCAGAUGGCUGUCUUAGGCAGAAGUUCAGUAGGACCAGUCAUUCGCCAAAUGUGGGAACAAGAAAAGGACCAUUUGAAAAAAAUGAAGGACUUGGUGGUUUUGUACAGAGUCCGUCCAACCAUUUUGUUACCUCUGUGGGAUGUUGCAGGUUAUAUGUUAGGUGCUGGCACAGCUUUGCUUGGGAAAAAGGCAGCCAUGGCCUGCACAGUGGCUGUGGAAGAAAGCAUCGCUAGCCAUUACAACAACCAGAUCAGGGUCCUCGUAGAAGAAGACCCUGAGAAAUACAAGGAGUUAUUACAGAUCAUCAAGAAAUUUCGCGAUGAAGAAAUGCAGCAUCACGACACUGGACUUGACUACGAUGCUGAACUGACUCCGGGAUAUUCCAUUUUGAAGAAUGCUAUACAAGUUGGUUGUAAAGCAGCAAUAUUUUUAUCAGAAAGAAUCUAGAUUUGGCAGUGGUAGAUUUAUCGUAAAUUAAGAGAUGUUCAAGUAGAACAAAACCUUAUACCUUAUUGGAAAGUCUACAUAGAUGGGAAUUCUUUUGUUUUCUUCAUUGUUCCUGUCAGUUGGGGAAAAACGAUGGUUACCAUUUCGACUGUCUGAAAUUGUUGGAAACUUGCUGGAUAGGUUACACAACUGUUUUUCAUAUGCUUUCCACCUGAAAAUGACCGUGUUUUGCUGCCAUUUUUGGGGGGCCAAUUGCAACAUCUUUUUUCAACGAAAGGGAUUCCAUAUAGAAUAGCCAUUUUGCCUUCCUUCCCAAGAUACAUUAACUUAUUAUUAAAGUUUGUACUGAAAAGCAAGUUCACACUGCUUAAAAACCAAUUGUGUUUUCUAAUGGAAGAUUCAGGAGUAGAUGCUUGUGGAAAUAAAUGGUGCUUCAUUCCAAAGCUU